AUGUUUGGUAACGUUGAGCCCGUCCUGCGGGGAACAGUUGGUAUCGCAGAGCCCGUCCUGCGAGGAACAGUUGGUAACGCAGAGCCCGUCCUGCGAAGCAUGUUUGAUGACGCAGAGCUUGUACUGCGGAACCGUGGCCAUGGAGACCCUCAAGCCUGCAGACAAGAGAUGGAAACCAUGACACACGGGAGUGUGAGGAGGAAAGUCCUGAUUUUUUCUGGGCCGGAAAUCUCGCUCCUUUUAUGUCAAGUCGGUUACGUCUCUUCAUAG